AUGCCGGUCGCCUCUGAGACACCAUUCACCCUCGCAGUAUCCGACGAUGCGCUGGCGCUACUGCACAAAAAGCUCGCGAUGACACGCCUGCCCGACGAGCUUGACGAUGCCGGCUGGGACUACGGGGUGCCUCUGGCUCACGUUCGGCGCAUGGUCGAACGUUGGCAAAUCGGCUUCGAUUGGCGCGCGGCGGAGCGGGAGAUCAACGAGCUUCCUAUGUUCACGCGCCCUAUCGAAGUCGACGGGUUCGGCGCGCUCGGCUUGCACUAUGUGCACCAACGGAGCACGCGCCCGGACGCAAUCCCUUUGCUAUUCGUCCAUGGCUGGCCGGGAACCUUUCUGGAAGUCGAGAAGAUACUGCCACUGCUCACCGAGCCCGAGAACGCUAAUGCGCCGGCAUUCCAUGUGGUGGCGCCCAGCAUACCUGGCUAUGGCUUCAGCGAGGCGCCGCACAAGCCUGGCUUUCACCACUCGCAGAACGCGGAGAUAUGCCACAAGCUGAUGUUGGCGCUCGGGUACGACCAGUACGUGGCACAAGGCGGCGACCUCGGCCGGCGCGUCACGCAGAUUCUGGCGACAACAUACGCGCCCGCACAUGUCAAGGCAUGGCAUACCAACAUGCCCGCCCCGCAGGGUCCACCGCGCUUCCUUUCCGACCCGCUCGGAUACCUCAGCUACAUCACGACGCCCUUCACAUCUUCGGAGAAGGCUGGCUUUGCACGAGCGAAGUGGUUCAAGGAAACGGGGCGGGGAUACUACAUGAUGCAUGCGACGAAACCGCAGACGCUCGCGUACUCCCUGGCGGACUCGCCUGCAGGAUUGCUGGCUUGGAUAUACGAGAAGAUGGUGCUCUGGAGUGACGACUACGCGUGGGAUGAUGACGAAGUACUGAAGUGGAUAUCAGUCUACUGGUUCUCUCGUGCAGGACCGGCCGCCAGUACGCGCAUCUACUUCGAACGUCAAGUGGCCGAUCCUCUGUACCGUGCAGCGCCACCACCGGUAGCACCGCUAGGCAUCUCUCACUUCCCAAAGGAACUAUACCCUUUGCCAAGCUCGUGGUGUCGUACCAUUGGAAACGUCAUACACGAGGGCAAACAUGCUCGUGGGGGACACUUCGCAGCUCAUGAAUCGCCUGAGGCACUGGUUGGCGAUCUGCGCUCGAUGUUCGGACGGGGUGGGCCGGCGUAUGGUAUCGUGAUGAGCGCGAAUGGCUAUUGA